CCUCCGGGCGCAGACGGCUGGGGCGCAAAGCCGUGCGGGGCUGGAAUCCGGGAGAUCGGCUGGCCCCGCCCAGCCCCCUGCAGCUCCGCCCCUGGGUGCCUAUUAUCGCGCACCCCUCUCAGGGGAGGCGGCGUGGUUCGAGCAGGGCCGAGGGAAGUGGGGGACCGCAGCCAGCAGCUGCGCCCGAACCGGGAGCUCCUGCUCGGGGGGCGGUAGCGGCGGCGGCGGCGGUUGCGCCUGGGACCCGGAGGCAGCCGGGCUGCGCGGGGCUGGGGCUGCAGCCACGGCCGGCGAGCCUCUCCCGGGAGUGCUUAGCCUGGGGAGCCAGGAUGAGGAAAAGCCGGGUGCAUCGGAUGGUACUGGCCACAUGUCUGGGCUCUCUGCUCCUGGUCAUCUUCUACUUCCAGAGUGGCCCCAGUCCGGUUGCUGAGGACGGGAUCUUGGGCUCAGCUGGUUUAGCAAGACAGGGAGGAGUCCACUUCAGAUGCUUUAUGACAGCAACCAGCUCCAGCACUCCCCUCUCCAUCUGGCCCACCAAAAACGGAGGGAGCUUCUAAAUCAGGUGUGCGACCGCUAUACCCGUAAGCGUCGCCUGCUGAGCCCCGAGGACUUACGCCAUUUGGUCGUGGACGAUGAGCACGGCCUGCUGUACUGCUACGUGCCCAAAGUGGCCUGUACCAACUGGAAGCGAGUGAUGAUGGUGCUCACGGGAGGUGGCAAGUACCGGGACCCCCUGGACAUCCCGGCCCACGAGGCCCACGUGCCGGCCAAUCUGAAGACACUGGCAGACUAUAGCCCAGCCGAAAUCAACCGGCGGCUCCGGGCCUACCUCAAGUUCCUCUUUGUUCGAGAACCCUUUGAGCGCUUGGUCUCGGCCUAUCGCAAUAAGUUUACCCGCAGCUAUAACACAGCCUUCCACAGGCGAUACGGCACCAAAAUCAUCCAGCGCCACCGGAAGCAUCCCAGCCCGGAGGCCCUGGCGCGGGGCGACGAUGUCCGCUUUGAAGAAUUCCUCUAUUACCUGAUAGAUCCCCACACUCGGAAGGAAGAGCCAUUCAACGAGCACUGGGAGCGGGCGCAUUCCCUCUGCCACCCCUGCCUGGUCCACUACGACGUGGUGGGCAAAUACGAGACCCUGGAAGAGGAUGCUGCCUACGUGCUGAGCCUCGUCGGGGCUGACCAAGCGGGCGUCCACUUCCCGACCUCCUCCAAGAUCACACACACCACGGGCAGUGAGGCGGCCCACUUCUUCGAGGGCAUCAGCCCCUUCUACCAAAGAAGACUCUUUAAUUUAUAUAAGAUGGACUAUCUGCUGUUCAACUAUUCUAUCCCCUCCUAUUUGCGGCUCCGGUAACAGCCAGGGAGGUUUCUGGGGUUCGGUGGGAGCUCCGACCUCUGCCUCUUACUUGUCCCUCGUGGAUCUCCUGGCCAUGGUUUUCUCUUCCCUGCUGCUCUCUUCCACUCCAUUCUGUGUCCAUGCCAUGGAUUGUCUUCCCCACCGAGGAAGGGAGACCCAGACACGGAGUUCCUAUUGGGAUGAGAAGGGGGGAGAUCACUGGGGCAGAGCUUACCUACCUACCUGCAUCCCUCCUUCCAAAUUAAGCACUCGGGACCACUUGUCCCUUAGACACUCAGUGGCCUUGCUGCCCACCCGAAUCCUGGAGCCCUCCAUCAUGGGGGUGAGGGGUUCCUUGGUGGGGUUUGCUGAGGAGGCACCCCCCAGGGGUGAGGAUGCACAGACAGAGCUCCUGGGGUCAGCAGGAAGCUUUGGUCAACUCAGAAACUAAGAAGACAAUGAAUGGAAACUCUCAGGUUAAGCUCUUUUAAGAGAUCCCCAUUGGCCAAGCAUCAUCUGGCAUUCCUUAAACCAGAAUUCAGUCCUGGAAACAGUAUAGAAGAACCAAAAAAAGCAUUGGAUUCAGAGCCCAAAGAGCUGACUUCAAAUCCCAGCUCCACUAGUUACUCCCUGUAGUCUUGGGCAUCCGUUUCCCUUCUCCAGGCUGCUUCCUCCCCUGUAGGAUGAGGGACUUGGCCUAGAUGGCCUCUGAGGGCUCUUCUAGCUGGAAAUCUUGUGAUCUGCCAUGACCACAAAGAGCUUUGUCUUCACUCCCACCCCCAGUCCCGUCCCCACAACUCUGCCCCGCAACUAGUUCUCACUGCUAGGACUUCCCGAAGAUGUUCCGGCCUUCUUUUGGCUGGCCGGGCUGUAGGUGAUGGGAUCGGAGAGGGCGGUCCUGGGGCAGGAUGUUUGGCUUGAAGAAGAUGCCCUGUGGUGCUGGAGUCACUCUUUUUUAAACAAAAGUAAAUUUAUUUCUUUA